UUCACGUUACACUGGUUACGGAACCUAAAACGCUUUCUGUUCGUUUUAUAGUUUAAAAUGGAAGUACCGGGAGGUGAUAAUGACUGGAGGAGUCAGGGAUUCCGACAGAAGGUGUUAUCACAAAUAGAGGAUGCCAUGCGCAAGGCUGGAACCCAACACAACCAAUCCAGCACUGAAAUGGAGGGUCAUGUGUUUAUCAAAGCUGAAACAAGAGAGGAGUACCUGUCCAUGGUUGCGAGGCUGAUUAUUUAUUUCAGAGAUAUCCAUAAGACAGCACAAGGAGUGCAGGAUCCAAUGAACCCUCUGCAGAAUCUCCUAGGCGUCCCCGGGAUCGUCGGCAUGGCCCCCUGUCCUCCCGGAGCUCAAAUGAGUGGCGUGGGGGUCAUGAACCAAAUGCAGAUGGGCCAGCAUGCAAUGCAGGGAGGUCCGGGGAAUCAGCAGGGCGCUGCAGCAGCAGGGCAGAUGCAGAUGCAAAUGACACAGCAGCAGCAGCAGCAGUCCAUUCAGUUUCAGCAGUUCCACACGCAGCAGCAAACAGCCAUGCAGCAGAAAGCCAUGCAGCAGCAGUUACAGGUUCAGCAGCAGUUGAAGCUGCAGCAGAUGCAGGUUCAGCAACAGCAGUUUCAGUUUCAGCAGCAGCAGUAUCACUUUCAGCAGCAGCUGAAGCUGCAGCAGAUGCAGCAGAUGCAGCAGAUGCAGCAGGAGCAGCAGGAGCAGCAGCAGUAUCAGGUUCAGCAGCAGCAGUUUCAGUUUCAUCAGCAGCUGAAGCUGCAGCAGAUGCACCAGCAGCAGCAACAACAGGCCCAGGCUCAACAGCAGCAGCAGAACCAGUUUGAAAUGGAAGUACCGGGAGGUGAUAAUGACUGGAGGAGUCAGGGAUUCCGACAGAAGGUGUUAUCACAAAUAGAGGAUGCCAUGCGCAAGGCUGGAACCCAACACAACCAAUCCAGCACUGAAAUGGAGGGUCAUGUGUUUAUCAAAGCUGAAACAAGAGAGGAGUACCUGUCCAUGGUUGCGAGGCUGAUUAUUCAAUUCAGAGAUAUCCAUAAGACAGCUCAAGGAGUGCAGGAUCCAAUGAACCCCCUGCAGAAUCUCCCAGGCGUCCCCGGGAGUCCCAGUUCUGCAUGAAGAUCGUCCAAAGCGGGCUCACGUCACCAAUGUGGCUCUUCUGUUGUGUUUUUCCGCCUUGUUAAAUAGUUAGAUAGAUACUUUAUUGAUCUUUUGCAGGAAGUUUCUUAUGUUAUCUUAUCUGUGACUGAAGGUGCUCUGUCGAAACACCUCCAGGGCAUGAAGUGGGUGUGAAUGGUUUGUGAUUAUCGAUUUGAGCUUUGUGAGCAUUGUUAUCUCUGCUACCUGCUGAACUGAGUCCUGUUCAGACCCCACUAUGGAGCUGUCCUUCUUGAUAAAUUUGUUAAUCCUG